AGCCACAGCGUUCACACAAUUAAUUCUCCAAGCCUUUGGGUGGCGGUAAUGAAGCUGCGUACCAUCAAUAUUUCCAAAGAGGUAAAAGAAGAGGAAGUGAAGAAGUGAGGAAGUGGUAGCGCUGUGUGGAAAACUGACUACUGGACAACACGGUUACAGUUGCCAGUAUCUGCUGUCCGUAACGGCUGCCUAGCGUUGAAAAAUCGUUACUAUCGUGUCCAAAAUGUCUAAAAAUUCACUUUCCGACCGGUUUAGGAAAGUAGACGUUGAUGAAUACGACGAGAAUAAGUUUGUGGACGAGGAAGACGGAGGAGAGAACCAGGGUGGUCCGGACGAAGCAGAAGUAGACGGUUUGCUCAGACAGGGGAACAUGAAUGCAGCUCUCCAAGCAGUGCUAAAGAAUCCUCCAAUCAACACCAAGAACCAGGUUGCCAAGGAGCGAGCCGAGCAGCUGGUGGUCAAAGUGCUGAGCAGUUUUAAGAGCGGCGACAUAGAGAAGGCCGUGGGCUCGCUGGACAAAGCUGGAGUGGACCUGCUGAUGAAAUACAUCUACAGAGGCUUCGAAACCCCGUCGGACAACAGCAGCGCUGUGCUGCUGCAGUGGCACGAAAAGGCUCUGGCGGUGGGGGGAGUGGGCUCUAUUGUCCGAGUCCUGACUGCCAGGAAGACGGUCUGAUCCUGGCAGGAAGUCCUUCUGCCAAACGGGCAUUAGACAGUAAUCUGGCCAAACACCAGAUCACCGGGCCUUCCUGUGUUCUGGACAUGAUUCCUGUUUAUUUUUAUACUGAAGCUGAGUGCCCUCCGCAGUUCUUUCCUCUGUUUUUUUCUUCUUCUUCUGCAUUCACUAUUUUCAAUCACACCUCUGGAAUUUAGAAGUGCUGGCAGACAGACAGGCAGGCAGACAGACAGACAGGUGCUGGCACCUUAAACUGUCUCUGUGUGUGUUUGUGCGCCAGCCAGCCGUACAGAGAGAGAACAGACACAUUUCAGACGCUUCACUCUGACACAUUCUCGCCAAAGCAGCUCUACGCUUUUUUUUUUCUUUCUUUUUUUCUCCAAACUGCCUCCCUGCUGUCCCGAUGCCUCACCGCUCCUCCUCUUCCUCCUCCUCCUUUACUCUACCACUGUCCUCAUCCUCCUUUCUCUCCGAGUCAUCCAGGUUGAGGAGUUUGCUCCUGGAUGGACUGCCAGAGACUGGAGACCUGUCCAGGGGGCUUUCCCUGCCUUUUGCCCAGUGCAUGCUGGGAUUGGAGUGCUUUUUUCUUUGAUUAUUGAUCAUUUUUUUUUCUACUUACACCACAAUGUUGUGUGUAGCCUGGCUUACAUUGGGUUUUUUUUAUAUCUGAAAGAAGCAACAAAAUAAAGUACUAAAGCCAA